CACUUCCCUCCAUGGCCCUGCUCUGAACUGGUGGUUUUUCCCAGCUCCUUGCCCAGACCUAUCCUUCCAUGCUGUCUUCAAGCCCUGCUUCCUGCACAUCUCCCAGCCCAGACGGGGAGAACCCACGUAAGAAGGUCCACUGGGCUUCUGGGAGGAGGAGGACAUCAUCCACAGACUCAGAGUCCAAGUCCCACCCGGACUCCUCCAAGAUACCCAGGUCCCGGAGACCCAGCCGCCUGACAGUGAAGUAUGACCGGGGCCAGGUCCAGCGCUGGCUGGAGAUGGAGCAAUGGGUGGAUGCUCAAGUUCAGGAGCUCUUCCAGGAUCAAGCAACCCCUUCUGAGCCUGAGAUUGACCUGGAAGCUCUCAUGGAUCUAUCCACAGAGGAGCAGAAGACUCAGCUGGAGGCCAUUCUCAGGAACUGCCCCCACCCCACAGAGGCUUUUAUCUCUGAGCUGCUCAGUCAACUCAAGAAACUCCGGAGACUCAGCCGGCCUCAGAAAUAAGCCUGAGAGACCAUCUUUAGCAGCCUCAGCACUGCCAGGCCUGCCCUGAAACUCCAGAUCUGGCUAAGAGGGAAAUAGCUCCUUGGGACACAAACAAGAAAUGUGGACAAGGAGGGACAUUUGCAUACUCCUACUGUCUGUGCGGUCACAGCUAGUUUCUGUCAGCUGGGCUCUCUGGGAGAGAGCUGGCUGUUGUCCAGUGCCUUCCUUGGCAGCCAAGUGGAUAAAACCUUUAGGAGCCC